AUGCACGCGAUCCCUGCACAGAAUCAAGGCAAACCGAGUUCCAGAAGAAGAAGAAGAAGAAGAUGGAGACGGAAACCUCCGGGGGGAAGGAGAAGGAAGGAGGCGAGAUCUUACCAUAAGCGUGGCCGAUGA